CCUGUGACACCAGGCACAAUAGGUCCAGGAGCGGAAUGCCAAGAUGGCAGUCCCGCCACACAUUCCUGGUCCAGACUGCCUGCGCCCAUUCACCCGUGAAUCCCUGGAAGCAAUAGAGAAGCGAAUUGCUGAACGGGAAGCCAAGAAGUUGAAGAAACACCAUGAGGAGGUUCUUGAGGAGGAACCGGAACGCAAGCCUCGGAGUGACCUGGAGCAAGGGAGAAACCUCCCACUUAUUUAUGGAGACCCUCCACCUGAACUCAUUGGGGUUCCCUUGGAAGACUUGGAUCCAUUCUAUAGUGAUCAGAAAACAUAUAUCCUUCUCAACAAAGGAAAGUCAAUUUUCCGGUUCAGUGCUACCCCCGCGCUUUAUAUGUUGGGCCCCUUCCACAUUGUCCGAAGGGGUGCCAUCCAAGUCCUUAUACAUUCAUUAUUCAGCAUGUUUAUAAUGAUAACCAUCUUAACCAACUGUGUCUUCAUGGCCAUGAGUGACCCACCACCAUGGGCUAAGAAUGUGGAAUACACCUUUACUGGCAUUUACACCUUUGAAUCUAUGAUCAAGAUACUUGCCCGGGGAUUCUGCAUUGAUGACUUUACAUUCCUUCGAGAUCCAUGGAAUUGGUUGGAUUUCAGUGUCAUCGUUAUGGCUUAUCUUACAGAAUUCGUAGAUUUGGGUAAUGUCUCUGCUCUACGAACCUUUCGUGUCCUCCGAGCACUGAAAACCAUUACAGUGAUUCCAGGGCUGAAAACUAUUGUGGGUGCCUUGAUCCAGUCCGUGAAGAAGCUCUCUGAUGUCAUGAUCCUCACAGUUUUCUGCUUGGCUGUCUUUGCUCUUAUCGGACUGCAGCUGUUUAUGGGUAACCUGCGCCAAAAGUGUGUCAAGUGGCCACCCUUCAGCAAUGACACAUUUCAAGAAGAUGGUUUUGGGUUGGACAGUGAUCCCUUUGGGGAUCUGUAUGGUAAUACCACUGUGUAUGGUAACACCACUCUGUAUGGUAAUGCCAUGCUGAACACCAGCGAACCCUUUGACUGGGAUGAAUACAUCAACAAUGAAGAGAAUUUCUAUUUCCUUGAUGGUGCACUUGAUGCUCUACUCUGUGGGAACAGCUCUGAUGCUGGGCAAUGCCCAGAAGGGUUUCUCUGCAUGAAAGCUGGCCGAAACCCAAACUAUGGCUAUACAAGUUAUGACACCUUCAGCUGGGCCUUCCUUGCACUAUUCCGCCUCAUGACUCAAGACUACUGGGAGAAUCUCUUCCAAUUGACCCUGCGAGCAGCUGGGAAAACAUACAUGAUUUUCUUUGUUCUAAUCAUAUUCUUGGGCUCCUUCUACCUCAUCAAUUUGAUCCUUGCUGUGGUAGCAAUGGCCUAUGCUGAGCAGAAUGAUGCAACCUUGCUGGAAGAGCAGGAGAAGGAAGCGGAGUUCCAGCAGAUGAUGGAAAAUCUGAAGAAGCAUCAGGAAGAGCAGCAAAAGCUGCUUCAAGAGCAGGCAGCAAACAGCAGCUCUGCAGAAAGUAUUAAAGUGGAGAAGAAAGGAAAAGGGGACAGCGAUCAAGAAGCACACAGUGAUCAAGACGGCCCAAAAGACUGCAAUGGGCAGGUCGUCCCGCGUGUGGUGCUGGAGCGGUCAGCCACAGUGGAUGAGUCGGAUUCAGUGGAUGAACAUGACAGGCCAGAUCAAAACAAGCUGCACGUGGGGAGCCUUGAAGGGACAGGCCUGGACAAGAGAGCAGAAAGUGCACUCAGUGUAGUUUCCAAUGCCUUGGAAGAACUGGAAGAGGCUCGCCAGAAGUGCCCACCAUGGUGGUACAAGUUUGCCCACACAUUCCUUAUUUGGAACUGUUGCAAACCGUGGGUGAUGCUGAAGGAGUUUCUCAAGCUCAUUGUCAUGGACCCCUUUGUUGAUUUGGGGAUCACUAUUUGCAUUGUCCUCAACACUGUCUUCAUGGCCAUGGAACACUACCCAAUGACUGAAGAGUUCAACAAUGUGUUGACUGUGGGCAACCUGGUCUUCACAGGAAUAUUCACAGCUGAAAUGGUGCUGAAACUGAUUGCUUUAGACCCUUAUGAGUACUUCCAAGUGGGAUGGAAUAUUUUUGACAGCAUCAUUGUCACCCUCAGCUUGGUUGAGCUUGGCCUUGCCAACGUCCAAGGUCUAUCCGUGCUACGUUCCUUCCGUUUGAUGAGAGUUUUCAAGCUUGCCAAAUCCUGGCCAACCCUCAACAUGCUGAUCAAGAUCAUUGGUAACUCUGUGGGUGCCUUGGGCAACCUCACCUUGGUGCUGGCCAUCAUUGUUUUCAUCUUUGCUGUGGUGGGCAUGCAGCUCUUUGGGAAGAGCUACAUAGAAUGUGUCUGCAAGAUUUCCAGUGACUGUGCCCUGCCACGCUGGCACAUGCAUGAUUUCUUUCACGCGUUCCUUAUCGUCUUCCGCAUCCUCUGUGGGGAAUGGAUUGAGACCAUGUGGGAUUGCAUGGAAGUAGCUGGACAGGUCUUGUGUCUUAUAGUCUUCAUGAUGGUCAUGGUCAUCGGGAACCUAGUGGUCCUUAACCUGUUCUUAGCUUUGCUGCUAAGCUCCUUCAGUGCUGAUAGCCUGGCAGCAUCUGAUGAUGAUGGCGAAAUGAACAAUUUGCAAAUUGCAAUUGGCAGAAUCACACGAGGGAUUGAUUACGUAAAGAAGCAUGUUCUCCUCCUGCUUCACAGGGAAUUGAAGCAGAAGACUGAGCCACCAUCUGAGGAACAGGAUGACAGCAAGAAAGAGAAUUUUGUUCUCAACCACAUAGACACAAGUCAGGACCUUAAACUAGAAUAUAUGGAUGGGAAAGCUAAAAAAGAUGGCCAGGUCUUCAAAUCAGAAUACAUGGAUGGGUUAUCCAGAAAAGAGCCGUUUAUUGAUGAACUGGACCACAUGAACUUCAUUAACAAUCCCAAUUUGACCAUACAUGUGCCAAUAGCCUCUGAGGAAUCAGAUCUUUAUGAUGAAACUGACACAGGUGAAGAGACUGCUGAUGACACCAAGAAACCGCUGUCUGAUGGGACCGAGUCAUCCAUAUGCAGCACAAUUGAUUACAAACCCCCAGACCCUGCGGAGGAAGCAGCAGUACGUGAGGACGCCGCAGCGGAGGAAGGGCCAGAGGAAUGCUUCACUGAAGAUUGUGUUCGGAGGUGUCCUUGUCUGUACGUUGAUGUCAACACUGAAAAGGGGGAGAAGUGGUGGAAUCUUCGGAAGACAUGUUUCAAGAUUGUGGAACACAACUGGUUUGAGUCCUUCAUCAUCUUCAUGAUCCUUCUCAGCAGUGGAGCGCUGGCUUUUGAAGACAUUUACAUUGAGCGGCGGCAAACAAUCCGGACCAUCUUGGAGUACGCUGACAAAGUCUUCACAUACGUUUUUGUUAUUGAGAUGUUGCUCAAAUGGGUAGCCUAUGGGUUCAAAGUUUACUUCACCAAUGCCUGGUGCUGGCUGGACUUCCUCAUUGUUGAUGUGUCUCUCAUCAGCCUAACUGCAAACUUGUUGGGCUACUCAGAACUGGGAGCAAUCAAAUCGCUAAGGACACUCCGAGCACUGAGACCCCUUCGAGCCUUAUCCAGAUUUGAAGGCAUGAGGGUGGUUGUUAAUGCCCUUCUCGGGGCCAUCCCAUCCAUCAUGAAUGUCCUUUUGGUCUGCCUGAUCUUCUGGCUCAUCUUCAGCAUUAUGGGGGUCAACCUCUUUGCAGGGAAGUAUUAUCGCUGUGUCAAUACGACAACAGGUGACCUCUUUGACAUCACUGAAGUGAACAACAAGACUGACUGCAUGAACCUCCUUAACAUUGGGAAUGCCACCGACGUCCGCUGGGUCAACGUCAAGGUCAAUUUUGACAACGUAGGCCUGGGCUAUCUCUCUCUUCUGCAGGUGGCCACCUUUAAGGGAUGGAUGGACAUCAUGUAUGCAGCUGUUGACUCCCGUGAGGUGGAGGAACAGCCUCAGUAUGAAGUGAAUCUCUACAUGUAUCUGUACUUUGUCAUCUUCAUCAUCUUUGGAGCUUUCUUCACUCUCAAUCUUUUUAUUGGUGUAAUUAUUGAUAACUUCAAUCAGCAGAAGAAAAAGUUUGGAGGUCAGGACAUCUUCAUGACAGAGGAGCAAAAGAAGUACUACAAUGCCAUGAAGAAAUUGGGCUCAAAAAAGCCAGUGAAACCUAUCCCCAGGCCGGAGAACAAAUUUCAAGGGAUGAUCUUUGACUUAGUGACCAAGCAAGCCUUUGAUAUCAUUAUCAUGAUCCUCAUUUGUCUUAACAUGGUGACAAUGAUGGUGGAAACAGAUGACCAAAGUACAGCCAAAGAAGAUAUCCUCUUCAAAAUCAAUGUGGUCUUCGUUAUCAUUUUCACUGCUGAGUGCUUCCUCAAGAUGAUUGCCUUGCGGUACUACUUCUUCACUGUUGGCUGGAAUAUCUUUGACUUUGUUGUGGUCAUUCUCUCCAUCAUAGGACUUGUCCUCUCAGAUGUCAUUGAGAAAUACUUUGUGUCACCCACCCUCUUCAGGGUCAUCCGUCUGGCCAGAAUUGGGCGUGUUCUUCGCCUGAUCCGGGGAGCCAAAGGAAUCCGGACACUUCUGUUUGCCUUAAUGAUGUCUCUGCCAGCACUUUUCAACAUUGGCCUCCUCCUUUUCCUGGUCAUGUUCAUUUAUUCCAUUUUUGGAAUGUCAAAUUUUGCUUAUGUGAAGAAGGAAUCUGGCAUUGAUGACAUCUUCAACUUUGAGACUUUCGGCAACAGCAUGAUCUGCCUUUUCCAGAUCACUACAUCAGCUGGUUGGGAUGGCUUACUGAACCCCAUCCUUAACAGUGGUCCCCCAGAUUGUGACCCUCAUCUGGACAAUCCUGGCAGUGACGUGAAGGGGGACUGCGGCAAUCCCGCCAUGGGCAUCUGCUUUUUCUGCAGCUACAUUAUAAUCUCCUUCUUGAUAGUGGUCAACAUGUAUAUUGCCAUCAUCUUGGAGAAUUUCAACGUGGCCACAGAGGAGAGCAGUGAGCCUCUGUGUGAAGAUGACUUUGAAAUGUUUUAUGAAACGUGGGAGAAGUUUGACCCAGAUGCCACACAGUUUAUUGAUUACAGCAUACUCUCAGACUUUGUUGACACUUUACAAGAGCCACUGCGAAUUGCUAAACCAAAUAAGAUCAAAUUGGUCACAAUGGACUUGCCCAUGGUUCCCGGGGAUAAGAUACACUGCCUGGAUAUACUCUUUGCACUUACCAAAGAAGUGUUGGGAGAUUCUGGGGAAAUGGAUGCCCUAAAGGAAUCAAUGGAGGAGAAAUUUAUGGCUGCCAAUCCUUCAAAGGUAUCCUAUGAGCCCAUUACCACCACACUGAAAAGGAAGCAGGAGGAAGUGAGUGCCACCAAAAUCCAGCGGGCAUUCCGACGAUACCUACUCAGGCGGUCAGUGAAACAGGCCUCAUACAUGUAUAGGCACAGCCAAGAUGAGGAGACAUUGGCAGAAGGAGCCCCAGAGAAAGAAGGGUUGAUCGCAAAAAGAAUGAGUGCAUUGUAUGGGUCGUCAGAUGUGCAGGUGGAAAUUGAAAUGACUCCCAAAACAACUCCAGAAGCAUCACCACCUCCUGCCUAUGAGCUUAGCAGUCCAGAGACUAAGUGUCCUCCCGAUCAAACUAAAGAGAAGGAUCCUGAAAAAGUGACAGAAGGUGAUCCCAGCAAAAAGUUGGAAGAUGAUCCUACCAAAACAAAAGAGCAGAGGGCUACCAAACGUAGCGCAAAAGAAUCAUUUGUAUAAUCAGAGCACUUUUGGCCAAUAAUUGAUUGGCUCCUGGUUUCAAAACUCUCUUGUUCACAAAGGGCCCUUCUGUACAGCAUCAAGCCGACAAGAACUAACCAUAUUGUUUUACCAUAUUUCAGGUAGUCAGCUCAACAUCUUAACUUUGAAAGUAGAGCCUCUUCUGGUUUUUUGUUGGCUUUUUCCCACCUUCAAAUUUACUACAAUGUACAAAGAUAUUUUUUUUCCUUAUGAGGUUAAUGUGAAUCACCUCAGUUGCUGGUGAAAAGGAAAAGGCUUUUUAGUUUAAUUUUGACUGAUAUGUAAUGUAGUAUGUACCAGGGCCAGUUCUUUCCUGCUAGAAUUUUUAAGAAUUGCUGGAAGAAGAGGCAGAAGAGGAGGAAAUGGCCAAAGAUUCAAGUCUUCAUAAUUUCAGUGCAGUCAUAUUUCAGCAUGCAUGGACAUAUGUGAUCAGAGAGGAAUUCAACACUAAAACCCACACACAGUUCCUGUGGCUGUGUGUUUUGCGUAAUUUAAUCUGCUAACUAUGCGGGAACAAAUAGCGUCAUAGGGCACUGAAGCCUUGCAUCUGUAUCACUGGAAACUGUGCAACAGCCAUGUGUACAAUCACACAGCAUCUGAGAGCUCAUCAGUUUUUUUCCACUCAGUUUUGAGCCUUGUAUUUGCAGCCAUAAGGACAAGAAACCCACUUGCUUUAUCAAAGGGAACUUAGGUUUUAUGGUUGCUGAUUUUAGUGCCAAUGCCAAAUUUUGCCUAUCUGCAGAGUUACAGAUGACGAUGGAAAACACAAUGCGUAGAUUUCUGAGCUUAGCCACAAGUGUGUUAGACACUGUUUGGAACUAUAUGAACACUUCUGUCUUCAGCCAUUUUCUUUGUGCUUUUCUGUAUGUGUUUUGAAGACCCUAGCAGUGAACACUGUUGUCUGUACUGGUUCUCAGACACUAGUAAUUGGAUAGGGCUCUCUGGCUGAUUUUUUAAAAAAUUGUUUCCUAAUAUUAUUUCUUGGUAAUACACUGAUACACACUUGGCUUAAGAAUCUUUCUAGCACAUGAAGGCAGGGUGAGUAGGAUUGAACAAACAUAGAAAUAAUGUGACAGUUUUGUGAACAAUAAUCUGCAAUGUCUUAAAAAUUUGAUACUGCUUUUUCUUCUGAGUAGCUGACAAAGCUUAAAUUGUUUUUGUUAGAAAUGGGUUCAAAGUGCAAUUAAGUCUUAAUGAUUUGUACAUUAUUAUACAAAUUCUUUAAAAGAAAAAACAAGAACAAAACAUUUGGCUAUUCUGUUCUCAGGGUUUACUGUUAGCUUUGCAAAUUUCCUGAAUUAACUCUCAACUCUAGAAAACACCCAAGCAUAUAAGCAGUGCUUCUUCUGUAUCUGCCAGUCUUACUGUUUUCAUCUUUAGAGGUGCAUCUACACAGCUCUGAUUUAGAGUACAAAUACAGGCUACUGUAUGUUCUGAUUGAUUCCCCACAGUCCCAAGGUCACAUGUUUUGCUUUACCCUCCUUUUCUGCUGCUCCAGCCCUUUCCUCAUAUGUUGUGUUAGGUGGCAUAGAGCAGUAGUCCCCAACCUUGGGCCUCCAGAUGUUCAUGGACUUCAAU